AAGUGAUAUAAUCUAAUAAAAAUUGAAAAUGUGACCUAAUUAUUAUAUUCGAGGGGGGCGAAUAAAGUGAUUAAAAGAAAUUCUUUUUAUCGUACAAAAAAUUGUCAAGUGUGCGAAAUAGAGGGGAAAAAAUGAUAAAUUUAAAUUGUGAAUAUUGAUGAUGGAUGAACUUCAAAGAAUAGUGUUUAUGGAAAAGUGCUUCUCUCUCACGAGAUGACGGAAUAUAUCACGUGGAUACAACGUCACGUGGAGAGAGAUGCACAUGGUUUUAAAUCUAUGAAUGGAAAUAUAUCGCAGGUUUCCCGCAGAAGCCCUUAGAAGAGACCGGCAGGUCUUCCAAGCCAUAAAGCUGAGAAUUUCAAAGCGGAACGUCUGGUUGCUAGGACAACCGGAGGGGCUGGACCACAUCUCUAUAGAGACGGGAGGCUGGUGGCUACUUCUGAACAGGGGUUUUUGAAAGGGGGUGUUUCUAAGGGAAACUUGUCGGUGGAAAAUUUGCAGAGAUGGAGUUUCUGCAGAACCAUCAUUCGGCCAAUACCACCGACUCACCGUACACUCUUGGCACAGGUGCGGUGGGGAGUAUUGAGGCAACAAUAUCUUCUGGCCUUUGUUCGGGAACAUUGGGAGUCCUAGGCGGUGACGAUGGUCUAGCUGAUAAUCAAAAUGAAGAGGCUCUAGGUGCUCUGCAAGGUACACUGCGAUUGCAGGACCUUCAGAAUUCACCUGAGGACAUAAACGUUGAUCAAAGUCAACACGUUCAAAAUUCCAAUCAAAAUCAAGUAGUCACCGAAUUUGGUGCGAGUUUUUGGGUCGACGAUAUGGCUGGCUUUCCUCUACCGCCUUUGGAUUUGGAUCCACUUCCGCCGGGACUCUUUAGUCCAUGUUCCGGAAGCUACAAUUGGGGAUGCACAAGGGGCGAUUGUGUGCCAAGAACCGGAAAUCCAAACGGCGAAGGUGUCGCGGACGUUCUAUUAUCCUUGAAACACGCAGUGGUCCAUCCUGGAAGUCCAACUAGCGGAUAUUAUUCCACUGGUGGAUCGUCUCAUCAUUAUUCACAGGAUUAUGGACAAAAUAUUGGACCUCCCAUUCCACAGUCUCAUUAUACUCCUGGUCCUGCCAUGUCCGUCAAUGUCUCCAUGAACAUGACCAUGAACAUGAACAUGCAUCCUGGGUACGAGCAGAGCUAUUCGUCGCCCUGGGGUAUGGAACCCUUAUUGAGUCCCGCCCCUCAAUACAAUCCAGUGGAAACUCAGACGAGGGUGAAUCAAGUUCCGGCCAAUAGCCUCAUUGGUGUACACCCACAUUCUCACCCUCAUCCGCACCCUCAUACGAGGCUUCAGUCGGGGGAACAUUCCCUCUGCAUUGGUAGUGCGGGACCUGCCGUAACUCAGGAUGAUAAUGGAAGACCAAAUCUUUGUCGAAUAUGUGGAAAAACGUAUGCCCGACCGAGCACCCUCAAAACACAUCUUCGAACUCAUUCGGGGGAGAAACCAUUUAGAUGCCAUGCGUGCUCCAAAGCCUUUAGUCAAGCUGCAAAUUUAACGGCUCACGCAAGAACGCACUCGGGUGAAAAACCUUUUCGAUGUCCUGUUUGUGAUAGACGAUUUUCCCAAAGCAGUUCUGUCACCACGCAUAUGAGAACACAUUCUGGAGAACGACCUUACCGAUGUCGAUUUUGCAAGAAGGCAUUUUCCGAUAGUUCCACCCUCACCAAACAUCUACGAAUUCACUCAGGUGAAAAACCAUAUCAGUGCAAAUUGUGUUUACUAAGGUUCAGCCAAAGUGGCAAUCUCAACAGACAUAUGAGGGUCCAUGGUGGUUCCUUAACGUGACACAACUCUGAUUAUCCUCCGUUAGACAGUGGCAUGUUACCCCAGUGUUGUCGGAUACCUGUGAUUCGACUCGGAACGAGCUUACAACGAAAACAAUAGAUGUACAUUCUGCGGUAUUUUAUUACGAUGCCCCGAAAAAACCUCAUAAAUUAUAUAUUUUAAUACUACAAAUUCGAUCGUAUUUUUUUCUACAAAAAAGUCUCAAAAAGAAAAAAUCAUUUAAAUUGUGAAAAAAAACCAAAGUUUGACAAGCCAAAGGUAAUUAAAACCAAAGGUCAAAAAUGACAAUCUAAUUCUAAGAAUUAGAUAAAAUUAGAAAACUAGAUUUAAAUUAGUUAUACUAAACAAUGAUUUUUCUUUAAAACUAUCUUUUGAUUAACAAUGAUAGUCACAAAAAAAAAGAAAAAUAUCAGGAUAGGUGAACGAGGGUAUCGUAUUUAAAUGCCUGCAGCAUUCACACCACAGCACCGUUGAUUAUUGUACAAAUAUUGUAUUUAUUAUAAUUAUUAUUAAUUAUAAUUAAUAUUAAUGUUGCCGUUUUCACCACGUUUACUUUCCUUAUCGCGUGGUUUUUCUUUUUUUUAAAAUUUAUUUCUCAUUCUUUAUCAGAUUCCUCAUUUUGCCCUUUCUUUCUCUCUCUCUCUUGCUCUCUUUUUCUCUCACUCUCUUUUUUUUGUAAUUGUAAAAUAAAAUUAUUUUAUUUUCGUCGAAUAAAAACGGAGUCAUAAUGUGUUUUAUAUCAAAGAGGAAAGGAGCGAUUUAAAAAAAAAAAAACAAAAAGAAGAAAAA